AGUGUACAGUGUAUUUCUGUGUUCCUUUUUGUCUCUGUGCCUCGUGCCCAAUCUAACAUGUUCCAAAGCCGACCUUUUUAUAGACAUUUUUGGCAGGAUAAAUUGUGGGUGAUAACGGGGAGUAAAUUCGGGGGCUAUAAGAUAUGUACUGCUUUCGGACAUUCGAAUUAUCUGACAGCUAUCAUGAGGGGUAAAAAUUGAGGUCUAUAUUGAGCCCUGAUAAGAAGAUGGCCUGUUAUUUGCUGAAAUCUAGUUAACCUCGAGAUCGUAUACCCUUUCUUCUGCCUCGCCGGAUGUCCGGAUUAUCCGACAUCAGCUUACACUAGGGCUUCUCGGGCUUCAUGGGCUUCAUGCACGAAACAAGAACCUUUGGGUAUAAACACCGAAUUCAUACGGAGGAUUUUGGUAUUGAUGACUCAGGUAUACUCGCUGGCCAUUAUUCCAGUCACACUGCCGCCUUUGCGGCAGACUCAGCAAACGAACACCCAGGUGCUACCCCCCAUACCAUCCCCAAUGCCUCCAUCGACAUCAGCAAUUUCUCACCAUCACGAUCGCCCAAAUCCUCCCCAAACACUCGGCCAAACGGGAAUCUUGCGUCCACAAGUUCAGCAGCAAACGGCAAUUCGGAUACUGAGUCAAAUAUUCAACACAACUCACGCUCUAAGGAUUCUACAAGUUCAGUGCAAUCUUCGAACGGAUCAUCCUUGACCAACUUGACGGAAGACGAUGAAGUAGUACCACCUAAUCCGAAACGUCCGUGUCAUCGGCGACAAAUCCCUAGUAACGAAUUAUUCUGUGACCAAAAUGAAGGGACAACUCGUGAUGCAAACAGAGAUGACAACCGCAUUGGUCCUACGCCAGACUCCGCGGCAUGCGACGGAGAUGGGGUUCCGAUGAGCCAAAACAGCCCAUUGACGGAACACCCUUACGAGGAGAUACAUAUCACUGCGCAGACUGCGCAGCAAGUAAAUUCUGAAAAAUCUCCAACUCCGCAGGUUGAUUCCCGCGAACUCCUGAACGACCUCAGUGUUGGUAGUUUAUAUCAAGUUCACCAAGUGAACUCCAGUGACCUCUUGGAUGAUAUCAGCGCCCGUAAUACAUAUUCAGCUCCACGGGUUGAUUCCCGCGAACUCCUGGACGACCUUGAUGUUGGUUUAUAUCAAGUUCAGCAAGCGAGCUCCAGUGAUAUCAGCGCCCGUAAUACAUAUUCAGCUCCACGGGUUGAUUCCCGCGAACUCCUGGACGACCUUGAUGUUGGUUUAUAUCAAGUUCAGCAAGCGAGCUCCAGUGAUAUCAGCGCCCGUAAUACAUAUUCAGCUCCACAGGUUGAUUCCCGCGAACUCUUGGACGACCUUAGUGUUGGUUUAUAUCAAGUUCAGCAGGUGGACUCCGAUGAACUCUUGGGUGAUAUUAGACGCGCAAGAGCAAUUGAUAUUGAUAUUGAUGAUAUACUACGUGAAGCAGAUAACUUCACCAAAUCUUGUGAGAAAAGUUCAUAUCCAUUCACUAUACCUGCGACACAUGUUUCGUGAUAAUAAGAAACCCGUCCACAGAUGAUUGGCUAGCGCUUGGUGCUGAUACUUCAGGAUCAUCGUUCAUGUAAAUGAUUGAUCCCUUUUCAACUGUAUAUUUUUCGCCUUCCCGCGGAGUGAAUACGAAUGUUUCCAUUGGGGCGACGAGUGUAUCCUUUUCCAUUCGACUUGCACAAGCAAAUUUCAUCGGAGCGACGGUAAACACCUAUGAUAAGAUGGUAUUUAGUACAUCUCCUUCAUAUCUAGUAUCUCAGGUACAUACAUUAUAUUUCUUUCGCAACUCAGUUCGCAACUCGGUCUCCAUCUCUUUUAUGAGUUUAUCCACUUCACCACCGCCAUAUCGUUGGCCCCAAUUAAACGCUGUCCCAACAAGCUGAGCAUCAUUUUUAUCGAUUUUAUCUUUGAUUGAGUUAAGAAGACGAAUCGCGUUUGCAGAAAGCGGCUCCCCCAUGUUGUGU